UGUCUCGUCCUCAAGGCCUACCCCGUAAUCCUCUCGUUCCCCGCCACGGCCUUGUUCUCCUUGAGACCCAGGCUUGUCGGCGUUUAGUGAGACUCCGACGCCCCAGGGUCAGCCGGGCCCGCCCUUGGUUUAACCAGAGAAACCUCUCGUUUCUAUGAUGCCACACGGCGAAAAGCCGCAGCUUCUCGGGUCGCUCGAUCUCCACGUAAAUUCCCUGACUUAGGUGGUGCAAAGAGUAUUUCUCAUACGGAGGAGAGCGCGGGUCCCGGGAACACCCAAACCCCAGAGCGAGUGAAGGGUAGAGCCGUGACUCCCGGGGAUUGCUUCUCCCGCUCCACCUCCCUGCUUCUCGGCAGGCACCUGUUUGGGAAAAGGAAUUGACGUAAGGCUACCGAGAAACGCUGUAGAGGAAAUUGGUGCUCUGGGAGUUUGCUCGGGGCUUGAGAACACAGUCGAGCGAUGACUUAAGCGCGUAGGUGAAGCCUGCCCUGGAAGACUGGAGGUGGUUUGGGACUAAGAGGCCUUCAAAGGGAGCUCUUUACUGCACCCCUCUGAACUAAGAGUCAACCCUGCAACGCUCUGAUUUCAUUAGCACAAGGAAGAUUAAACAAUGUAUAAUGUACAUGGAAUGGAAGACAGCUAAAAUUUCUAUACCCUCUUAUGUAUUUGUGGAUCAGGAAUGAGAACAAGCAGAAGAUUUCUGAGAAAUUGAAAUCACAGAGAGUGUUACCAGAAAGACCUCAAGAGAUUAUGCUAAAAUGAUGGAAAGACAGUGAGAAUGAAAGAGUUGUGGAAAAAUCCCCUAGUUAAGAGACUGCAUGAACUCACUCCCCAAGAGAAGGAUUUACAGAAAAGAAUAGACCAAAAAUUCCAAGUUAAACCCUUAAAAGUGCCUUCCAUCUGCUAAAAAAUUUUAUGAUCUUAACUCUCUAACUCACCAGAGUCUACACUGAAGAGAAAUUAUAAGUAUUCCAAAUAUGAGAAGAAUUUUUCUUAGAACUCUGCAUUGAUUCAACUCAAGGAAAUCAAGUCAGAGAAGAAGUAUUUUAAACGUUCAAAGUUUGGGAAAACCUUUAUAAAGCUUUUAGACUUGGGCAUCCCAAUACUACCAUACUUCUGAAGCAUUAUAAGCAUCCAAAGAUCCUCACUGAAAGCUGGACUUACGAGUAAUUCAUUAGAGACCCCAUACCAGGAUAAGAAAAAGAGCCAAAGACCAUGGUAUAAUGGAAAGAGCACUGUACUUGGGGUCAAGUGGUUCUCACCAUUACUAGUUAUGUGACAUUAGGCAAGUAAAUAUCGCUGGGACUCAUUUUUCUCAUUUGUAAAAUGGGAGAUGGGACUAGGUGAUCUCUAAAGUCUUUCCAACCUCUAAAUCCUAUGACCUGAGUGUGGAAAAAGCUUCACUCAAAGUAGAAAUAUCAUUAUCAACCAUGAAAUUAGUAAUUAACUAAUGUAAUAAACAUAAGAGGUUUGUCAAGACAUGUUAUUGGAUAUGGUAAAAUUGUAUUUAUUUUGGUAAUGGGCUGCUUUAUCAACUUUACUACUCAACAGAAUGUCCUCUGUUUCCAGUUCUCAGAACAUCAAAAUAGUACAUAUGGCAGGUCCUGGAAGACUGAAGACCUGUCCCAGGUUCCUAGCCUGUUGCCUCAUUAGCUGUAUUUACUGAAUUGUACAAUUUUUUUUUUUUUUAGCAGUGAGGUGAAGCCGUAGCAUUGGGAAAGAAAGAUUUGAUCUCAGUCUACCAACUGGUUCCCUCUCUUACCCUCUUUUCAACUACCUUUUAGAGACUCUAGGCAUCCUUUGAUUUUUCUUUGCUUGUACCUCCUUCCUGUUUUAUGCUCUCUGUUGUCUUAUACACCUUCUUUCACAUAGGGUUAUAAGGAGGGUUCCAGGGUACAUUUUGGUCUUCUUUCCUUCCUGAUUGUCUAUACUUGAGAAGGACAAGAAGUGAGAGGGUACCAAAACAUUCCUGAAAGUUCAUUAUUCUAGUGCUGUAAUAAUAAGGAGGAGGAGGAUCCCCAGUAGUGGCAGUUUUGAUGUUCGUUGUUAGGUUAUUACCUUCCCACCAAUCUAUACCACCUGUGGUUGCCAUUCUAUCAGUAUUUUACUACCAAUAUCUGUGCCCUCUGUGUUUUUUCAACUUUUUACUUAUUGUCAUCCAAUAUUGCUGUUUUUCUCCCAACUUCUCCUUUUUCUGUAUAUUGAAGUAACAUUCACUAUGAAUAAGAGAGGAAAAUACACAACAUUGAAUUUAGAGGAAAAAAUGAAGGUCUUGAGUAGAAUUGAAUCUGGGCACUCUCUUAAAAGCGUAAUGGAUGAAUUUGGAAUCAGUAAAUCAACAUUUUAUGAUAUUAAAAAAAAUAAGAAAUUGAUUUUGGACUUUGUGUUAAAGCAAGAUAUGCCAUUAGUCGGAGCAGAGAAAAGAAAAAGAACAACGGGUGCCAAAUAUGGUGAUGUGGAUGAUGCCGUUUACAUGUGGUACCAACAAAAGCGCUCAGCAGGUGUUCCUGUUAGAGGUGUGGAACUUCAGGCUGCUGCUGAGAGAUUUGCUCAGUGUUUUGGUCGAACAGACUUCAAAGCCAGCACUGGUUGGCUUUUCAGAUUUCGAAAUAGGCAUGCAAUAGGGAACCGAAAAGUGUGUGGGGAACAAAUUCUGAGUUCAGUUUCAGAAAAUGUUGAACCAUUUAGACAAAAGAUAUCCAUGAUCAUCAAAGAGGAGAGACUGUGUCUGGCUCAGGUAUAUAAUGGGGAUGAGACAGAUCUUUUUUGGAAAUCAAUGCCAGAAAAUAUUCAGGCAAACAAAAAAGAUAUAUGUAUGCCAGGGCGGAAAAUAAACAAAGAACGAUUGUCAGCUCUUUUGUGUGCAAAUGCAGAUGGGACCCACAAGUUGAAGUCAGUUAUUAUUGGAAAAUCAAAGCAGCCUAGGUCUAUUAAGGAUGAUGUAAAUACUUUAUCAGUGAUAUACAAGUCCAGUAAAGAGGUCUGGUUCACCAGAGAAUCAUUUUCAGAAUGGUUCUUUCAGAACUUCAUUCCAGAAGUUAGAGAUUUUCAGCUUAAUGUCCUGAGGUUGGAUGAAAAGGAUAUAAAAGCAGUGUUACUCUUAGACAAUUCUGCAGCCCAUCCUUCAACUGAGUCUCUAAUUAGUAAUGAUGGGAGAAUCAAAUGUAUCUUCUUCCCCCCAAAUACUACAUCAUUGAUUCAGCCAAUGAAUCAGGGUGUGAUCUUGAGCUGCAAACGACUUUAUAGAUGGAAGCAGCUUGACGAGAGUCUGGUAAUCUUUGAAGAGAGUGAUGAAGAACAGGAAACAGGAGGAGAAAAAACAGUUGCAGAAAUCAAAGCUUAUAACAUAAAAAGUGCAAUUUCUAACUGGGCAAAGAGUUGGGAUGAAGUAAAGCAAAUAACAAUAGCAAAUGCAUGGGAACAUCUACUUUACAAAAAAGAACCAGAAUAUAAUAUUCAAGGCUUAGAAGAUGGUGAUUAUAGAGAAAUUCUUGAGCGAUGUGGUGACCUAGAGCCCAAUUUAGGUGAUGUCAGGAUGUGGUUAACUGGAGAUAAUGAAGCACGUUGCCCUCCCAAAAUGGAAGAUGUUACUAGGGAAGUUACUCAGGAAGAAGGGGUUGUUGAAGAGGAGGUAGGACAACGUUCAGCAAAGUUUAAAUUAUCCAGUAUUCGAGAGAAUUUGGACUGUCUCCUUGACUUUGUUGAUGCCACUCCAGAGUUUCAAAGAUUCUAUUUCACACUGAAAGAGAUGCAACAGGAACUAAUCAAAAAGCAAUCCCAGAGAAGAACCUGCUCUAAAAUUGGUAGCUUUUUAAAACCAAGAGUUUGUAAUAUUAAAGAUUCUUGUAAUUUGCCUUCAACUUCUGGGUCCGGUAAUUAAGUCUUCUAUGGCGAAAGACUUGUGUUUGAUACAGCAGGCUUGGUGUGAAUUGUAAUUUUUUUCAUUAACUUACCUCACAUUACUUAUGAGUGCCCAUUUAUAUCUUUAGUUUAUAUUGUGUAUAGUACUUGAAAGUAAUAAAUUUGCAUUUCUUUAGAAACAUUCUCCAAUUUGGACAUUUACUGCUGCAGACAGUGGAGGUUUUGUAGUGCUAGAAAAAAAUGCAUUGAGUAAGCAUAAUGUGGGAAAAUCUUUAAUCCAAAUCUCAACAUCAUUUCCUAUCAGGAUAAUACACAAAGACAGAAUUUUUAGCAAGUAAAUGUGAUAUAAAGAUGUGCUGGUGAA